AUGGCGGCCUCCGACGAUCUAGUCGAUUUCGACAUUAUUGAGAAUCAGAAGGAAAACAUUCAAUCACUCCCCGGUGGUCGAUCAGCAAGAGAGCUUGCCCGCAUCUUUUCAGCUGGCAGCAACAGUGACAAGAUCCCAUCACCAUCUCCGAACGCGACCAGGACACUCAACGAUGCUGUGCGCGAAGAAUUCGAAGGAGAACUCCAGUCGAUCGGAGAAUCAGACGAUCCGCUGGAUGUUUACGACCGUUACGUUAAAUGGACACUGAACGCCUACCCAUCCGCACAAGCGACCCCAGACUCUGGCCUUCUUCCUUUGUUGGAGCGAGCCACGAAAUCAUUCUUGUCAUCAUCACACUACAGAAACGACCCUCGAUAUCUGCGUCUAUGGCUCCAUUACAUUCGACUUUUCUCCGACGCCCCGCGUGAGACAUUUGCAUUCCUCGCGCGUCAUCGCAUUGGUGAAAGCCUGGCUCUUUUUUACGAGGACUUUGCUGGGUGGCUAGAGGGUGCUGGACGGUGGUCACAAGCCGACGAGGUAUAUAGGCUCGGCAUGGACCGCGAAGCGCGACCCGUCGAGAGACUGGCGAGGAAGUACAGCGAGUUCCAAGAUCGGUACGAACGACGACCACAGGAUGCGGGGCCAUCCUCGCCUGCUUUGCCGGCCGUUCGUCCAGCGCUGGCCGCCAAAAUGGAUCCGUUCGCCUCAUCAGAAAGCCCUGCUGAUCCACAAGCUUCUCGGCCAUCGCCCUCGGCUGCCCCCAAGACGAAAUCCGGAAAGGCAAAGAUGGCCAUUUUCUCAGACGCCGAUUCCGCUGCGCCGGGUCCAGCAACUGGUGGAGCAACAAAGGGAUGGGACAGCAUUGGAUCAAUUCGGGACCGCAAGAAGGAGAAUGAAGUUGAGGCGAAGCCAUGGGCUGGUGAAACAUUGAAGGCUGGGAAGAAAGCAGUACCAUCACAGAAGAUGGCUAUUUUCAGGGACGAGUCCAAACCAGAUUUACCUACCAAAGAACCAAUGCCUCCCAAGCAAGUACCGGAACAUCAUGUAAGGGAAGCGGUCAACCCGCGCACCGGCCGCCGAGAGCGUGUAUUCGUCGACUUGAAAUCAGUAUACCCAGAUCGGAAAAACCCGGCGUAUGAAAUGAGUUUCGAAGAACUCAGAUCCAUUAGACGUGGGUGGAUGGACAAGAAUUGGAAGAAACAGAAAGAGCCCUUGCAACAAAUCUCGGGGAAUGCAGGAAGCGUCGAAUCUCUUGCAGAAAAUACCAAUACAGAAGAGCUACCGGAGCACUUGGUUCAGAAUCUGACGAUAGAUGGACAUUCCCAGUCUCACGAUCAAGAUGAAGGCAAACCAGGCAAAUCAAGACGCACCAAGGUCAAAGGGGAAACGACACAGACUCAGACCGUUAAGAUGAAGUUCGACUCACCGUCCAAAUCCAAAUCCCGGCGGAAGAGCACCCGGGAGCCCACAAUGACCAUGCACACUCGUGCGGCGACUGAUGAGAUCUAUAGCAUCUUCAAUCAGCCAUUGAAGGCAGAAACUGAAGCAGAUGCCGAUAGCUUCUGCGGUAGUGAUUACGAGGACGAGGACUGCACCAGCACGGGAGAUAGCACGGGCACAGGUCACAUCUCAGCGACCUCGAGUGACUUUGGCGAUGAUGAAACACAAACAACAUUCCACAAAUCCUACGAUGACACCGAAUACGCCGAUACCACACGGGCUGACAGUGUUGAUGGGGGCGAUUGGACAGAAUUCGACCCCAACCGCGACAUCCCUGAUAUUGAGAAUGCCGAGCUGACCUCCCAAUCUGUCGCAAGUGAAGGAGCAGCUAGUUCCUCGCAUGGCACACCAGAAAGGAAAGGAUUCGUGCCAGAAAUGCCCGAGGACUAUGCUCCACCAUGGGGCACCUACCGUGACCCUGCCGUCAUGGCCCAGAAUCGCCUUCCCUUUAUGACACCUAUCGUGGAACGAACGGAAUGUUCCAUUCCUUCCCUGACAGCCGCCCGAAACAGCAUCUAUAAUGCGAAAACACCUUCCAAGCCUCGAUCGCCUGCUGUAGAUCUCCUGCUUGAUAGCCCCCUGGGGGAAGAUCAUACUUUCACAUCUACAGCAGACGUCCCAUUCAGCCCAACAGCUUUCAAGGCGCUUGCACCUAAGCUGCGGAGAAGGGAAGCGAUCAUCAGAGACUCGCAAUGUAAUCCGACGGACAAGGGCAUUCGCAAUACGAUUCUUAAUUCUUUGGAACCGCCGCUUGACACAUACACAGGAUAUCAUGGCCACGUUGAAGAUAGCAACUAUGCUUCGAUGAUCCAGAAGUUUGUGAAAACUAACACCAGACGAUCAAAGAGUGGCGAUGAGGCAUUCGAUACGCCUAUCCUUGAAUUCCCAGGGGCUGAGCGAAGCUACAUCAUUAGACGUGAGCUUGGAGCUGGUGCGUAUGCUCCAGUUUAUCUCGCGGAGAGCGUGGACAGUCUUGAAUCCUACGACUCCGAUUCCGACGAUGGUGCCAGGACCAGUGGCAGAGAUUCUCGCCCGAAAUUGAAUGCCUAUGCAACACCCCGUAACCCCUUCGAGGCAGUCAAGGUUGAGAACGGACCAUCCAGUGCCUGGGAAUUCUACAUGAUCCGUGCUUCCUAUAAUCGUCUUCGGCAAUCUGUAGAUCAUGCACGCGCUACAGACAGCAUUGUUCGUGCACAUGAAUUGCAUGUGCAUCAACGCGAGAGCUUCUUGAUAGAAGACUAUCGUGGACAAGGCACCCUACUCGACUUGGUUAACAUCGUUCGCAACGAAUCCAUUGGCUCCAACCAUACCUCCGAGGGUGGUCUCGAAGAGGCACUAGCAAUGUUCUUCUCCAUCGAGUUAUUUCGAACCGUCGAAGCACUCCACGCCAACGGAGUUCUCCACGGCGACAUCAAAGCUGACAACUGCCUUGUCCGCCUCGAUGACUCCAACCCCAACGAACCACCUACCAAAGGCCUUUCCCUCCUCGACUUGGGCGCCGAUGAAUGUCCCUUCGAUCCCCGCGAAAGCAUCCACUAUUCCCCAAGUGGAUCCUACGGCUGGAAACAAAAGGGCCUCGCCUUGAUUGACUUUGGUCGCGGCAUUGACAUGCAAGCGUUUUCGCCAAAUGUGCAGUUCAUCGCAGACUGGGAAACUGGUGCACAUGAAUGCAACGAGAUCCGCGAGGCUAGGCCCUGGACCCACCAAAUUGAUCUAUACGGCGUUGCCGGCGUCAUCCACGUCCUUCUUUUCGGCAAGUACGUGGAGUCCACUCCCGUGGAUAGCAACGAUGAAAACACACCACCGGGAUCCUCGCGCACCUACCGCAUUCGUGAAUCUCUGAAACGCUACUGGGACCGUGAGCUGUGGGCCGGUGUCUUCGAUCUCCUAUUGAACCCAGGUGCUGAGCGUUGGCAGCGUAUCGAGCGAGAGAAUGGCGCACCGGAUAUUGCUCUAUCUUCGGCACCUAUUCUUCCCGUCUUACAUUCCAUGCGCUAUGUCCGCCGUGGCAUGGAAGAGUGGCUUCUUGCUCAUGCUGAGAAGAAAGGCCUCGCUCUUCAACUUCGCAAGAUCGAACACCUUCUCGCGGAGCGCAAGAAGAAGUUGGAGAAGUGA